UUCUGAGUUACUUUGAAGCGUCAGUAUGACUCACCUUGGGAACCUGCGCUAACGACCAAAAGCUGGGAUUUCACGAGCUGGAAACGGCAAGAACAGAAAACCCAUCCCCAAUGAUGGCAGAUCAUGGAGACCUCUGUGGUGGGCAGGAGGUCACCUAUUGCAUGAAUGGUGGGACCUGCUACAAAAUUCCUUCCAUGAAUACACUCUCCUGUGUGUGCAAUGAAAACUACAAAGGCAGCAGGUGUGAGCAGUUCCAGCUCUUCAGCAGUUCUGCCAAUGCAGGGGAGGCAGGGUUAAUUGCAGCCGUGGUCAUUGUUGCCCUCCUCAUCUUAGUGAUACUGGCAGUUGUUAUCUACUACGUACGCAAGAUGUUGAAAGCCAAGCAACAGAGCCAACAGAACAAUCAGCAGCAGUACUGGAGAGUAAAACCAAGAGUGUGAUCUUCCCUCUUAUGUGCAUUUGUUUCUCUUUUGGUUGUGUGUUGGAUGAGAGCUGAGUGUCACCUGCCUUGUUGAACCUGGUACUGUUUUGGAUAUGACUGUGAAAGACCAAUAGACAGAGGAAAACUGCUGCGCUGACCUUAGCUAAAGCCAAGCUGAGCGAAGGGCUGAUAGCUGAUUAAUCGUCUCAUGAGAUUUCUGGAUUCCAUGCAGUUCAACAAAAGGUGUAACUCACUAACACACACAAAUACAAAACAAGGUGUGAAACAAGUGUGAGUGGGUGGGAAUUGAAUCACACCUUGCACAGUAGCCUUUUUAACACAGCUAUGAAGUAGGCACUGGUGUUACUCGUGUUAAAUCACAUUUCAAUCUAUGUGCUUUGUCUUAAAUGUAUUUACAAAGCAUAGUUGGACUAUGUAAAAAAAAUCUGUGAAAUAAUAUUCUAAAUAUUGAACUGAAAAUAUGGAAUUAUGAUAGAAAUCCCUCUGUAUAAUUAAUGAAUAUGCUCAAUAUGCUAUUAGUAAAUAUUUUGAAAGUGUGUAAAUACAUGCAAUAAUCCCUA